AUCAUACAACCUCAUUUCAAAAUGAAGGCUUUUAUCUGGACCCUAAGUGUGCUGUUCUUCCUACUAAUGGGCACUGGACAUUGCAGAGGAGGACAGUUCAAAACAAAAAAAAUAACCCAGAGGAGAUACCCUCGUGCCACAGAUGGUAAAGAGGAAGCAAAGAAAUGUGCAUACACAUUCCUGGUACCUGAACAAAAAAUAACAGGGCCAAUUUGUGUCAACACCAAAGGGCAAGAUGCAGGUACCAUUAAACACAUGAUCACCAGGAUGGACCUUGAAAACCUGAAGGAUGUGCUCUCCAGGCAGAAGCGGGAGAUAGAUGUCCUGCAAUUGGUGGUGGAUGUAGAUGGAAACAUUGUGAAUGAGGUAAAGCUGCUGAGAAAAGAAAGCCGUAACAUGAACUCUCGUGUUACUCAACUCUAUAUGCAACUAUUACAUGAGAUUAUCCGUAAGAGGGAUAACUCACUUGAACUUUCCCAAUUGGAAAAUAAAAUCCUCAAUGUCACCACAGAAAUGUUGAAGAUGGCAACAAGGUACAGGGAACUGGAGGUGAAAUAUGCUUCUUUGACUGAUCUUGUCAAUAACCAGUCUGUGAUGAUCACUUUGUUGGAAGAACAGUGCUUAAGGAUAUUUUCCCGACAAGACCCCCAUGUGUCUCCUCCUCUUGUCCAGGUGGUGCCACAACAUAUUCCUAACAGUCACCAGUAUACUCCUGGCCUGCUGGGAGGUAAUGAGAUACAGAGGGAUCCAGGUUAUCCCAGAGAUUUAAUGCCACCACCUGAUUUGGCAACUUCUCCCACCAAAAGCCCUUUCAAGAUACCACCAGUAACUUUCAUCAAUGAAGGACCAUUCAAAGACUGUCAGCAUGCAAAAGAAGCUGGACAUUCAGUCAGUGGGAUUUAUAUGAUUAAACCUGAAAACAGCAAUGGACCAAUGCAGUUAUGGUGUGAGAACAGUUUGGAUCCUGGGGGUUGGACUGUUAUUCAGAAAAGAAUGGAUGGCUCUGUCAACUUCUUCAGAAAUUGGGAAAAUUAUAAGAAAGGGUUUGGGAACACUGAUGGAGAAUAUUGGCUUGGACUGGAAAAUAUCUAUAUGCUUAGCAAUCAAGAUAAUUAUAAAUUGUUGAUUGAAUUAGAAGACUGGAGUGAUAAAAAAGUCUAUGCAGAAUAUAGCAGCUUUCGUCUGGAACCUGAAAGUGAAUACUAUAGACUGCGCCUAGGAACUUACCAGGGAAAUGCAGGGGAUUCUAUGAUGUGGCAUAAUGGUAAACAGUUCACCACACUCGACAGAGAUAAAGAUAUGUAUGCAGGAAACUGCGCCCACUUUCAUAAAGGAGGAUGGUGGUACAAUGCCUGUGCACAUUCUAACCUAAAUGGAGUAUGGUACAGAGGAGGCCAUUACAGAAGCAAGUACCAAGAUGGAAUUUUUUGGGCUGAAUAUCGAGGCGGGUCAUACUCCUUGAGAGCAGUUCAGAUGAUGAUCAAGCCUAUUGACUGAAAAGAGACAGUCUCCA